AUGGUUGCGAAGCGUCUGGCCGACGAAAAGACGGAUGCGACGAGGUGGAGGCUUCGAGAUAUCGAUGGAGAACAGACAUGGCAUUACUUGACCGAAGAACAAGCAAAGGAGUGGCCGCAGACGACAGCAGACAAGUACUUUCUCGGUCUGCCCACUGAACAACCCAACCUUCCUCACCCAAAGACCCCCCUCCAAUCCGCCGAAAAUGGUCUCGAAUUCUUUUCCAAGCUGCAACUCCCUCCCGGCAAUUGGGGCUGCGAGUACGGCGGUCCCAUGUUCCUGAUCCCCGGUUUCGUCAUCGCCUGGUAUGUCACAAAGACGCGCAUCCCCGAAGCCUACAAGAUCGAACUCAAGAACUAUCUCUACGCACGUCAACACCCGGAAGAUGGAGGAUGGGGUCUACACAUUGAGGGAGACAGCAGUGUCUUUGGAACUGCCAUGAACUAUGUUGCGCUGAGACUGCUGGGUGCUGAUGCUGAGCACCCGCGUCUGAUCAAGGCGAGGGCUCUGUUGCAUAAGCUUGGAGGUGCCGUCAAUGGCCCCCAUUGGGCAAAGUUCUGGCUGAGUGUUUUGGGCGUCACUCCUUGGGAUAUCGUCAACCCUGUGCCUCCGGAGCUGUGGUUACUCCCUGAUUGGGUGCCCAUUGCACCCUGGAGAUGGUGGAUCCACAUGCGUAUGGUGUUCUUGCCCAUGUCCUUCGUCUGGUCCCGCAAAUGGUCUUUUCCCGCCGACAAGCUGGUCAAGCAACUCAGAGAGGAGAUUUUCGUCCAACCCUACGAAACCAUCGAUUUUGCUUCCCACCGCAACUCCAUCUCUAGAUUCGACAACUACCACCCAAAGACUUGGGUUUUGAAUCUCGUCAACUGGAUCUUGGUACACAUCUACAACCCUUAUCUGCGAACACAAUCGCUGGUCAAGCGUGCAGAGGACUGGGUCUGGUUCCUGGUCAAGCGCGAAGACGAAAACUCGGAUUACGCGGAUCUGGCUCCUGUAAACUCUCCAAUGAACAUGCUGUGUUGCUACAUAGUUGAUGGACCCGACAGUUACUCCGUGCGCCGCCACCGCGAGCGCCUGGAAGAAUUCCUGUGGGUCAAGGACGAAGGCAUGCUCGUCAACGGCACAAACGGAGUGCAGAACUGGGAUACUUCCUUCCUCAUCCAAGCCGUCGUCGAGUGCGGAAAGGCCGAAGACCCCAAAUGGAGACCCAUGCUGGAAAAAGCUCUGGAGUAUCUUGAGCUCGCUCAAAUCCGCGAAGAAUGCGUCGAUCAAGCCAUCACUUACCGUCAACAGCGAAAAGGCGCUUGGGGCUUCAGCACAAAAGCCCAGGGUUACACGGUAUCAGACUGCACAUCCGAAGGCCUCAAAUCAGUCCUGAUGCUGCAAUUCCUCCCCAGCUACCCGCAACUAAUCUCCGACGAGCGCAUCAAAGAAGCAAUCGACGUACUGCUGACCAUGCAGAACAAACACUCGGGCGGCUGCUCCAGCUACGAACCCCAACGCGGCUCCGAAUACCUCGAAUGGCUCAACGCCGCCGAAGUCUUUGGCCGCAUCAUGGUCGAAUACGACUACCCCGAAUGCACCACCGCCGUCGUAACAGCACUGACUCUGUUCGCAAAACUCUACCCGGGUUACCGCAGCCGAGAAAUCGCAGUGUUCAAAAAGGGCGCUUACGAUUACAUCCGCAAUGCCCAACGACCGGAUGGAUCCUGGUACGGUAGCUGGGCCAUCUGCUUUACUUAUGCCGGAAUGUUUGCUUUGGAAGCGCUAGCUACCGCCGGUGAAAACCACACUAAUUCCGCUCGAGUGAGAAAAGGCUGCCAAUUCUUCAUCGACAAGCAAAUGAAAGACGGCGGAUGGGGAGAAACCUACCGCAGCUGUGAGACAGGCGAAUACUGCAAUCACAAGCAAAGUCAAGUGGUGCAGACCGCUUGGGUGGUGAUUGCGUUGCUUGAAGCUGGAUACCCUGACAGAGCGCCUAUCGAAAAGGCAGUCAGGCUGAUCAUGUCACGCCAACAGCCCAAUGGCGAGUGGCUGCAAGAAGGCAUCGAAGGUGUCUUUAACAAGAGCUGCAUGAUCUCCUACCCCAAUUACAAGUUCAUCUUCCCCAUCAAGGCAUUGGGCAUGUUUGCAAAAAAGUAUGGCGAUCUCGAGCUUCAGUAG